CUUCGUGCCUUGGCUUGCGAUUUUCUUUCAUCAGAGGCGACGAAGACUUGGGAGCACUGAGCGAAAUCGCCGAAAUUCAGAAACAACAAUUUCCGAACUAAUUCGUGAAGGUUUCAGUUUUCCGGAGAUCAUCGGCUGAUCCCGUCAUCGUUCCGGCGAUUUUUUCUUCGCCAUUUCCAGCGAUGUCGAUUAAGACUGUUAAAGUCAGCAAUGUCUCCUUGGGAGCGUCUGACCGAGACGUCAAGGAAUUUUUUUCCUUUUCCGGUGACAUUGAAUAUCUGGAAAUGCAGAGUGAAAGUGAACGGUCUCAAACUGCUUACGUAACCUUUAAAGAUGCACAAGGAGCUGAAACUGCCGUCCUUCUAUCUGGAGCAACUAUAGUGGAUCUUUCUGUCAACAUCACUCUGUGUCCUGAUUAUGAGCUCCCUCCGGAAGCUACUGCACCACCCGCUGCCACAGGAACUACAGCACCUGGUGCUGCUGAAUCCGCCUUCCAGAAAGCAGAGGAUGUGGUUAGUGGCAUGCUUGCCAAGGGCUUUAUCUUGGGUAAAGACGCACUGAACUCAGCAAAGGCAUUUGAUGAGAAACAUCAGUUAUCUUCCACGGCUUCAGCCAAAGUUGCUACAUUCGAUAAAAAAAUUGGGUUCACUGAGAAAAUUAGUGCUGGUACUUUGUUGGUGAGCGACAAAGUUCGGGAAGUAGACCAGAAGUUUCAGGUUUCUGAGAAGACUAAAUCAGCAUUUGCAGUUGCAGAGGUAAAAGUUAGCAAUGCUGGUUCUGCCAUCAUGAAUAACCGAUUUGUAAUGAGUGGGACUAGCUGGGUUGCCGAUGCUUUCAAUAAGGUAGCUAAGGCAGCCGGAGAAGUUGGUCAGAAAACAAAAGAGAAAUUCGUGGCGUCCGAGGAAGAACAGAAAAAGAAGACAGUCGAAGAUUUUGCUCAGGUCCAUCUCUCGGAAUCCCCUAAAGCAGCAACCGCGCCUCCUGAGCCUCAACAACGUCCCAAGCCAGAACCUGCUCAAGGUCUGAUCCUCUGAAUUGCUGCCAUGUAUGUUGAUAUCUAUGUCUGAAAGUUCUUGUAGUUGUAAUGUGUACUUCCCCUUUUAUUUCUGGCAUGGCAAGGCAAUAUUUUAGGGUGAAAAUAUAGAAUAGAAUUUCUUCCUCAAUUAGCAGUGGGACUUGAUUGCAUAAGAUAUCUUCAUUGGUCAGAAUAUAAACGAGAACAGCAGAUUUUUCCAUAUUGAGAACAAAUUCUGCUCUUUCUACUAUGCUAUGUAUCAGUGCAAUUCUGGCUAGUUUUUGGAGUUGAGAGAUUUUCUUUUUA